UGAGAGAUUUUUAUGACAAUAUUUCAACACAUUUUGUCAAUUUAUUAAGGAGUAAAAUUAACUAAAAACAACGUUUUUCUCACAUAAGUAUAUUGAGAAAAACUCUACUUGUUUCGAGUCGUCAUAUGCUGCUCAUGAUGAAGACUCCCUCUGUGACUCAAAACUAGUUUUUCUCCAUAUAUUUGCAUGGUGACAAAACUGACACUGCUUGUGUUACUAGUUCAGCUGCAACAAGCGAUCAACAUCCCGCUGCGCCAGUUGAGAGAACUGAAGCCUGGCGCGGAGAUACCGAUGCUGACGCCGCAGCACAACGCGCCGCUCACAGUACCACACGUCGUCAUCCACACAGCCACCAGGGAGAAGAAGAGCCCCAACAUCAUCUCCAUACCGAUACAACAGAUUCUCGUGCCCAAGUUUCAUAUAAUUCCCCUCCACCAUGCUCCCCCACAAUCAAACGUCCACCACAGCGCCGUGCACACAGACGUCAAGCAUAUAAUCACACACGACAAUGUGAAGAUACCAAUAAUCUCCCAAACUGUGUCCCACAGCACUGCGAACAUCACACACCCGUCGUCAGCGUCAGUGAUACCGAUCCUGAUACCAAUACAUCACAACCUGGUGCCAGUGCAGGAUCUCUCCGUGAUACCCUUACAGAAGACAGUGCAUAAGGAGCAGAAGUUAGAGAGGUACACAGUCAUGGAGAAGAAAGAAGAAAAGGAGAAUGAAGAAGUGAAUAGAUUCAGGACGUUCUACGGAGGGUACGGCACCGGUCUGUUCUUCGGGGGCCAGGGAGCCGGCCACGGGUUCCACAUAUUUGGGUAGCAGUCAUUACGAGUAUUAGUCAAUUACAUUAUGUUUGUUUAUUAAAUUAUUUAUUUUAAUG